GGAAGUUUGGGUUCGUCCGUCGCUCCGCGCCCACCCGAGGCCCCGGGACCGGAGCCCGCGGACAGCCGAGCCCCGCUCCCCGCCCCCUGCCCCCGCCUCCCUCCUAACGCCAGGGCCCGGCUGCGGCCCCGGAUCCGGACCCGCCCAGGGACCCGGGCCCCCGCCUGAGGAAGCGGGAGGCCGCGACACCGGCACCGAGCUGCGACGGGCGCUGAAGCGUCGGCUAUGUGAGCGGCCUGGGGGCGGGCGGCGGCCCGAGAGCCGGUGGAGCUCGGGGCUGAAGGUUGUGGAAGUGUUUUAUUCUGUCUUGCCCUGAUGUGUUACUCUGCUCCUUCUUUAUAAAUAACAGAAGUUCGGAAACGGGGGUCUGUUAAAUUGUUAUCUGAGCCUGACUCUGGACGUUCUGGCCAGUCUUUCAUUGUCUGAGAGCUCAUCCAUUGAGAGCCGCCAAAAUAGCCGGGCCGGGAAAGAAACGACGAAACCCUGAGCCAGAUCCCAUCAGUGACGCAAGCAAAGCUCCUCUGUCGGCUAAGUGGCUGAAAAUGGCCAGCACGGCCGAGAACGGCAGGAGGAGAUUGGGACGGAAUCGGGAGGAGGCCACAAACAAGAAAAAGCUGAAGGACAAAGUCAAUCAAGAGAACAAGGAUGGGAAAAUUACUGCUGAUAGCGAGCCAAAGAAAGGUUUACCAAGCAAUCAAGAUGCAUUGCAAGGUAUAGGUAGUGAUGAUCUGUUUGUUGACUGGAAACAGAAUGCAGAUGAGGUUAUUGUGAAGCUGAAGCCAGGAGAGGGGAGCCUAAAGGUUGAUGAGGUUGAUGCAGCUUUUACAGACUCUGAUUGCAUCAUUACACUACCAGAUGGACGCCAGUGGAGUUGUCAGUUCCAUGAAGAGAUUGAGAGCUCGUGCAGUAAGUUACAGUACAAGGAGAAGGGAAACUUCCUGCAGCUUGUUAUGCCAAAGAAGAUUCCACUGCACACAUGGUCAUCUCUCAUGAAGAAAAAUAAAGGGCAGUCCACAGUUAUUCCACCAAAAGAUGCUGGGAAGGAGAAGGUUAUACCCAGUGAAAGUUUUGAAGAGGUAAAAUCAGGAAAAUUGUCUGACAUCACAGAAAAGAAAGCAAAAGCAGAGCGCGGAAUUAAACGCCCCAUCAAAGUGAAAGCUCUGGGAAAGACAGAGUCACCGCCGGAGCCUGGGGUGAAACGUACUGUUCAGUGCAAGAAUCUGGAUAACACUCGAGUUAUCCAUGAGCCCCUUGCAACACAGCCUGUCUAUGUCAAGUCCACUGAAGGAACAGACACUACUUUUGAAAAGCACACAAAGCCUGCAGAAAGUCCAAAAAGCCCAGCAAAUGAACUCCGUAUGAGUGAUGCUGUCGGAGGACUAUUGGAUUCCACAGUUGAAAGUAAGGUGGUGAAGAACGGCCGGGGUCCCCAGGGAGACUGGCACAUGGAAGACAAGUGUGAAGUGAAUAUGAGGCAAGCAUCAACUGAGAAAGCUGAGUUGGAAGUGACAGAGAAGGAGAAACUGCUUCCUGAGAGCCAGGAUAUCAAUGCUACAUCAGCUGGAUUAUCCUGUGAAAAUACGGCACAGUCUUCAGGUGUAAAUGUUCCUGUGGAUCCGUUAGUUUGUGACACUGGGACAAAAGCUCAGGAAUCUGUUGGAAACUGUCUUGAGGUUGCCAAUGUAACUGUAGAAAAAACUGUGACUCAAAGCUCUUCUGUAAAUGAGAACUCUGAAGCAUCUGGUGGGAACCAAAUGGGCCUCAUCAAACAACUGGCCGGAGAGCAGGUCCCAUUGGAAAGGUCUGGUGAGGACAUUGCAGCAUCGUCUCGAUCACCUGCGGAAGUGACCAACCUGAUGAAGGAAAACCACACUGAGGAAAAGGUUGAAGUGGUACCAGAUGGUUAUGUAAAUCUGAGCUUUGUGAAGUAUGACUCGUAUGAGAAGGGUGCAGAUGCCAUGGUGGUACAUGUGUAUGUGAAGGAGAUCUGCAAAUCCACGUCAAAGGUGCUUUUUCGGGAGCAAGACUUUACUCUCAUUUUCCAAACCAGCCACGAGCCAUUUCUGCGUAUCCACCCGGACUGUGGACCAAACACUAUCUUCAAAUGGCAGGUUAAAGUUCGGAAUCUGAUUAACCCAGAGCAGUGUCACUAUACCUUCACUGCCUCGCGCAUUGACAUCUGUUUGAAGAAGAGACAGAAUCAGCGCUGGGGAGGGCUCGAAGCCCUUGCAGCACAAGGUGCAGUGGGUGGUGCCAAAGUAGCUGUGCCUGCAGGCCCACCAUCACUAGAUAAAGCACAGCCUGGGAGCAGCCAGCAUGCCCUUCCUCCCAAGGAGGAACCACGUUCAAAUGAGAAGGAGAAGAUGCGCUCUGAGGAGGCCAGCCUCGAGUCGGUGGCAAUCAGACCCACACAUGAGAAUGUCCAGAUUAAACAGGAUGCGCUUGUAACGUCGCCCAAGCCUACCUGCAUGGUGACUCCAAUGACUCACAGUGUCGCUGGGGCUGAACAUACAGAGGAGGAAGAAGAAGAGAAGAAGGUCUGUCUUCCGGGCUUCACAGGAUUGGUCAACUUAGGCAAUACCUGCUUCAUGAACAGUGUCAUCCAAUCGCUAUCCAACACGCGGGAGCUCCGUGACUACUUCCAUGAUCAAUCCUUUGAGUCUGAAAUAAAUUACAACAACCCUCUGGGGACAGGCGGGCGACUGGCCAUUGGUUUUGCAGUGCUGCUCAGGGCUCUGUGGAAGGGAACACACCAUGCCUACCAGCCGUCUAAGCUGAAGGCUAUAGUGGCAAGUAAAGCUAGCCAGUUCACUGGUUACGCACAACAUGAUGCGCAGGAGUUUAUGGCAUUUCUGCUGGAUGGCCUCCAUGAGGACCUUAAUAGAAUACAGAACAAACCAUACACGGAGACGGUGGAUUCGGAUGGGCGCCCCGAUGAGGUGAGGGUGGCAGAGGAGGCUUGGGAACGUCACAAGAUGCGAAAUGACUCCUUUAUCGUGGAUCUGUUCCAGGGCCAGUACAAGUCCAAGCUGGUGUGUCCCAUGUGUUUCAAGGUAUCAAUCACAUUUGAUCCUUUCCUCUAUUUAUCGGUCCCACUGCCACAGAAACAGAAGCUGCUGACUGUUUUCUUUUUUGCUAAAGAGCCUCAUCUAAAACCAAUCAAGAUCUUGGUGAGUGUGAGCAAGGAGAAUGCCAGUGCCACUGACAUCUUCGAAGCUGUUUCCCGGAACAUGAAGGUAAAAGCAGACACACUCCGACUAGCUGAGGUUGUGAGAAAUAGAUUCCAUCGGAUAUUUUUGGCAUCUCAGUCCCUCGAUACCGUGUCCCCCAGUGAUACACUCUUCUGCUUUGAGGUGCUAUCUCAAGACCUUACGAAGGAGAGAGUGGUCGAGUUGCAAGUACAACAGAGGUUGGUAAUCCCCAACAUCUCAAUCAACAAGUGUGCUGCCUGCCAGAAACCACAACAGCCUGAAGAGAAGCUGCGUCGUUGUACCAGUUGCUACCGAGUCGCCUACUGCAACCAGACUUGUCAAAUGAAUCAUUGGUCAGAUCACAAAAACCAGUGUCGAGCAGAAAACAUUGGCUGCCCCUUCAUUAUCAGUGUACCAGAAUCACGGCUCACCUAUUCCAGGCUCUCCCAGCUAUUGGAGGGAUAUUCAAGGUAUUCGGUUAACGUGUUCCAGCCGCCCUUCCAACCAGGUCGAAUCUCACCUGAACCGCCCCUUUCCAAGAUGGACACUAUUCAGCCCACCACUGGAACCAAUCCCAGCUCUGAGACUGGAGAUGGAAAGCUGCCAUUGGAAGUUCCGGACAGAGACUUCAGGCCCUUACAACGUACUCACAUAACUAGCUCUGUUUCUGAGCCCCUUCUGGCCUCUGCUUCCUUGAAGGGAACAAGCUUGCCUGGCAGAGAGAGGGAUUCUAUUCACAGCUACGACUCCGGGUUCUCAGAAUUGCGGCCUGAGUCACAGGACCACUUGGGAUGUGAGAAAGAAACCUCUUACGAGAAAGCUCCGAAGCCUGAAGCUGCAAUUCCUGGUUACCAGCAGCCGUCUGCAUCUGUGCGUUGUCACACUCCGCAAUUUUACAUCAAACUCAUUGACCCAUCAAACAAAGAGCAGAAAAUGGAAGACAAAGGUGAUGCUCCCUUGGAGCUUCCAGAUAAUGUCUCUUUAGCAAUGGUGUGGAAAAACAAUGAGCGGCAGAAGGAGUAUGUGCUCGUGGAAUCUAAGGAACUGGAGUACGUUGAAGAUCCUAGUUCAGCCAAUGAAGCAGCCAAAGCUGGCUACUUCACACUGGAGCAAUGUCUGAAUCUCUUCACUAAACCUGAGGUGCUGGCACCUGAGGAAGCUUGGUACUGUCCUAAAUGUAAACAGCACAGGGAGGCAUCCAAGCAGUUGAUGCUUUGGUGGCUCCCAAAUGUACUCAUCAUUCAACUGAAGCGCUUUUCCUUUCGCAAUUUCAUCUGGAGAGACAAGAUCAACGAUAUGGUCGAGUUUCCCAUCAGGAACUUGGACCUGAGUAAGUUCUGCAUCGGUCAGAAGGAUGACCGACAACCCCCUGUCUACGAUUUGUAUGCAGUAAUCAAUCACUAUGGUGGAAUGAUUGGGGGUCACUACACUGCCUACGCACGGCUGCCUAAUGAUAAGAACAGUCAGCGGAGUGAUGUGGGUUGGCGCCUCUUUGAUGACAGCACAGUUACGACGGUUGAUGAAAGCCAAGUGGUCGCGCGGCAUGCUUACGUGCUGUUCUACCGCCGCCGCAAUUCUCCUGUGGUGAGACCUUCACGGACAAGGGCUGCUGCACGUGGAGCAGAAUGCACGGCGGAAGCGGAUGGAACAGCCUCCCAGGCUUCUCUAAUAUGGCAGGAGUUGGAGGCAGAAGAUGCUGGGGAAGAGGCACCACGCAUACCAGGCAGGCAUAAUCAGGGACUUAGGCCACUGCAGUCUCGGAUCAACGAGGACCUCUCAGGAACUCAGCUCACAGACUACUCAGACCAAGAUUGCAUCCGAUACUUUGUCCUCAGCACUUUCGCUGCAAUGCUAGCUCUCUUUGUAAAUGUCCUGUACCCAUUGCUCAUUUAGGACCUUUGAUCGCGGCAGUGGAGGUGGCAGUAAUUGUACGCAGCUGCCUAACCUCAAUUCCACACCAGUCCCUCAUGUCUCUUACAAGCCAUUCCCCACUUCCAUUGUUGUGACUUGCCCUGUAAAUACAUGGAGCCCUUUUUAUUUAUGUUCUCCCAAUUGUACAGCACAUGGCUGCCUUGCUUUCCCACAAAUUAUUAAUUUUUUAAUAGGACAGUACUUUAAAGGGGACUGCUUGUCUGCAUGUUCCAUCUGUGAGCCAGUUAAUGUUGGAUGGUGAGAUAGUGAUGACAUUUUAUUAAAACUACUUUUAUCGUGAUUCUUAAAUGAAAAAUAAAAGUUAAAUACUGGUAGUCUUGGACCUCCUGCCUGUUGUUUGAUCUUAAUACCGUUUUAAUUAUGGAUAGUUUAUAAUUUAAGAAUUUCCAGUUAAUAAACCCUUGAAAGCAAAUGUUUUUUUUCUGUGAAACAUACUGAAUUCUGAGCAGUGAACUGUUUACU